AUGUUGGAGUAUUUUGCCAAUUAUGGAUCAGUGUUGCACAUUUCCGGCACCACCACCAUCAGUGGCACCACCAGAGAACCCAAUGAUAAGCAGUGGCAGGUGACGCUAAUCCCCAAGUUUGCAUUACCGUUCCUUAUACUAUCAAUGUCGAUAUUCUUUGCUGUCGAAAGCCCACGUUGGCUAGUCAGAAUAGAUAGGAACCAGCUUGCCCUUAGAAACCUUGCCAAGUUGAGAAACUUGCCCAUUGACCAUCCCUACGUGUUGGCCGAGAUUAGCGAUAUCAAUGAACAAGUGAUGGUUGAAAAACAGGUUUCGCUGGAUUCGAACUUCUGCCGUUGCAUCAAGGAGAUCUUUACUAAAAAGAGCAUAGCCUACAGAUUCUUUAUGAUGGGGGCCAUGGCGCAGAUAUUGGGCCAAUGGAGCGGUGCAAACGCCGUCACCAUAUAUGCUUCCAAACUAUUUAGUUUAGCUGGUGUCAAAGGCGACGUUGGCACUUUGAAAAUGUCGGCGGCGUUGGGAGUAGUCAAGUUUGGUCUGGCCUACUUGGGUGCCUUUUUCCUUGUUGACACGUUGGGCCGCAAAAAGUCCUUGUACACGGGCUUGUUUCUACAGUUGGUGAGUAUCUUGUACUAUGCCAUCUUUCUCACGGUUGUACCGCAGGCUACCACUGGCGAUACAUGGUCAUUAUCGUCGUCACAGCGCCAAGCAAGCAAAGCUGCCCUCGCGGCGAUUUUCCUUAGUGGCGUUGGCUGGGUUAUUGGUGCCAACAACACGCUGUAUCUUUUAGGAUCGGAGAUUUUCCCCUUGCAUAUCAGGUCAUUUGCCCAAUCGUUGGUGAUGGUUGUUCACUUUGCCAAUCAGUAUGGCAACUCCAAGGCCUUGCCCAAGAUGAUGCUUGCCAUGCACCCAUACGGUGCAUUUUACUUGUUUGUUGGUGAUUUGGUGGUUUACUUGAUUUGGGCUUACUUCUUGCCAGAGUUGAAAGGUCGCAGUUUGGAGUCUAUCGAGAAGAUUUUCACUUUACCUUGGUACAAGUUGAGGUAUAGUGAUCGACUUGUUCCUGACCAUUCGCAACUCUGCAGAAUCGCUCAUGUUGGUGCUGGCGUUGGUAUUACUCAACAAGGUGAUGAUGCCGAUAAAGAGCUUGAGUUUUUGCAGACAAUUGAUAAGCGCGCAAGUCCACCUACAAUGAUUGAGAAUCUAGCAGAGUCGGAGCUGUCGGAUGACAAGGAGAAAGAACGGGAAGUUGUGUAG